AUGUUUUUUGAUUGUUGUUGUGUUUUUUACUUGUUUUUUGGGUGUUUUUGGGGUUUUUGGGUGUUUUUGGGGUUUUUGGGUGUUUUUUUUUUCGUUUUUUGUUGUUUUUUUCGUUUUUGUUGUUUUUUUUUGUCUUUUUUGUGGGUUUUUGUAGGUGUUUUUUGUAUUUUUGAGUGUUUUUUUGCGUUUCUAUUGAUUUUUUGGUUGUUUUUUUGUUUCUAUUUAUUUUUAGGUGUUUUUGAGGUAUUUUUUGUGUUUGUUAGUUGUUUUUGGAUAUUUUCUGUUGUUUUUUUCCGGAGUCCGAGUCCCAAAUCCGAGUUUUUUGAUCCGGUUCUGAGAUUUUUCCAAUUUCCUUGUAUUGUUUUAUAA